CGCCUCCUCGCGGUGCAGCGUGAGUAGGGAGCCCCGGCUGGUGGACGCCGAGUCUCUGGGCUCCGCCGCCGCCUCCUUCCCGAGGUGCAGCCGCACCUCCGCGUGGCGCCCCGAUCCCAGCGAGCCGGCUGCGGGCACGUCCCGCGACCGCUCGCCGCCACCCCUCGGACCCACCCGCCUUGCCUUCCUUGAUUCUUCCCUCGGAAAAAUGGUUCCCGCUGCGGGCGAGAUGUAUACAUCUCAAGAUUGAGAGGAAGAAACAAGUCAUGGGCCAGUGGUCAAGAUACUUCUCUGGGAAUUGUUGCUGCUAAUACUGCUUUACAGAGUCAGACAAUGAGUGUUUGGCUUAAGGAAGAUUUUCAUAUUUAAAAGAUUUUCAUCUUGGAAAUAUAUCAAGUGAAAAUUUCAUUCUUUUGGGAAACAUUUUCCUCCUAAUAAAUUAUCCUUGUAAUGGGCGACAUGGCAAACAACUCAGUUGCUUAUAGUGGUGUGAAAAACUCUUUGAAAGAAGCUAAUCAUGAUGGAGACUUUGGAAUCACGCUCACAGAGCUGCGGGCUCUCAUGGAGCUCAGGUCCACAGAUGCAUUACGAAAGAUACAGGAAAGCUAUGGAGAUGUCUAUGGAAUUUGCACCAAGUUGAAAACAUCUCCCAAUGAAGGUUUAAGUGGAAAUCCUGCAGAUUUAGAAAGAAGAGAAGCAGUGUUUGGAAAGAACUUUAUACCUCCUAAGAAGCCAAAAACCUUUCUUCAGUUAGUAUGGGAAGCAUUACAAGAUGUCACUUUAAUUAUACUAGAAAUUGCAGCCAUAGUAUCAUUGGGCCUUUCUUUUUAUCAACCUCCAGAAGGGGAUAACACACUUUGUGGAGAAGUUUCUGUCGGGGAAGAAGAGGGUGAAGGAGAAACGGGGUGGAUUGAAGGAGCGGCCAUCCUCUUGUCGGUGGUGUGUGUGGUGUUAGUGACAGCUUUCAAUGACUGGAGUAAGGAGAAACAGUUCCGAGGCUUGCAGAGUCGAAUCGAGCAGGAACAGAAGUUCACCGUCAUCAGGGGCGGGCAGGUCAUCCAGAUCCCUGUAGCUGACAUUACUGUUGGAGACAUUGCCCAAGUGAAGUACGGUGAUCUUCUUCCAGCUGACGGCAUACUGAUUCAAGGCAAUGACCUUAAAAUUGAUGAGAGCUCACUGACAGGUGAAUCCGAUCAUGUUAAGAAGUCUCUAGACAAGGAUCCCUUACUUCUUUCAGGUACUCAUGUAAUGGAAGGUUCUGGAAGAAUGGUGGUCACUGCUGUAGGGGUGAAUUCUCAGACUGGGAUCAUCUUCACCUUGCUUGGAGCUGGAGGUGAAGAAGAAGAAAAGAAAGAUGAGAAGAAGAAAGAAAAGAAAAAUAAGAAACAAGAUGGAGCUAUUGAGAAUCGCAACAAAGCAAAAGCCCAAGAUGGCGCAGCCAUGGAAAUGCAGCCUCUGAAGAGUGAAGAAGGAGGGGAUGGUGAUGAGAAAGACAAGAAGAAAGCAAAUCUGCCAAAAAAGGAAAAGUCUGUGUUACAGGGGAAACUUACGAAACUGGCUGUCCAGAUUGGCAAAGCAGGUCUGCUGAUGUCUGCCAUCACAGUUAUCAUCCUAGUGUUAUAUUUUGUGAUCGACACCUUCUGGGUUCAGAAAAGACCAUGGCUGGCAGAGUGCACGCCCAUCUACAUCCAGUACUUCGUGAAGUUCUUCAUUAUUGGCGUCACAGUUCUCGUGGUCGCGGUGCCGGAAGGUCUCCCGCUGGCGGUCACCAUCUCACUGGCUUACUCAGUCAAGAAAAUGAUGAAGGAUAACAACUUAGUGAGACAUCUGGAUGCUUGUGAGACCAUGGGGAAUGCUACAGCUAUCUGUUCGGAUAAAACGGGAACCCUGACAAUGAACAGGAUGACGGUCGUUCAAGCUUACAUAAAUGAAAAGCAUUAUAAAAAGGUUCCAGAACCGGAAGCCAUCCCACCAAAUAUCCUAUCCUAUCUGGUAACAGGGAUUUCUGUGAAUUGUGCUUACACAUCAAAAAUAUUGCCACCAGAGAAAGAGGGUGGAUUACCUCGUCAUGUGGGUAAUAAAACAGAAUGUGCCUUGUUGGGAUUUCUCUUGGAUUUAAAGCGGGAUUAUCAAGAUGUUAGAAAUGAAAUACCCGAAGAAGCAUUGUACAAAGUCUAUACCUUCAAUUCUGUUAGGAAAUCCAUGAGCACAGUCCUGAAAAACUCAGAUGGAAGUUUCCGGAUCUUCAGCAAGGGUGCCUCUGAGAUAAUUCUGAAAAAGUGUUUCAAAAUCUUGAGUGCUAAUGGUGAAGCAAAAGUGUUCAGACCCAGAGACCGCGAUGACAUUGUGAAAACGGUGAUCGAGCCCAUGGCAUCAGAAGGCCUAAGAACCAUAUGUCUGGCGUUCCGAGACUUCCCAGCUGGGGAGCCAGAGCCGGAGUGGGAGAAUGAGAAUGACGUCGUCACCGGUCUUACCUGCAUCGCGGUUGUGGGCAUUGAAGACCCCGUGAGGCCUGAGGUACCAGAUGCAAUAAAGAAAUGCCAAAGGGCUGGAAUUACUGUGCGCAUGGUCACUGGUGAUAACAUUAACACAGCUCGGGCCAUCGCUACCAAAUGUGGUAUUUUACACCCAGGGGAAGAUUUCCUUUGCUUAGAAGGUAAAGAUUUUAACCGAAGAAUACGAAAUGAAAAAGGAGAGAUUGAACAAGAGAGGAUAGACAAGAUUUGGCCAAAGCUUCGAGUACUUGCAAGAUCAUCUCCCACUGACAAGCAUACACUGGUUAAAGGUAUAAUUGACAGCACAGUCUCAGAGCAACGCCAGGUCGUAGCUGUGACGGGUGAUGGUACAAAUGACGGACCUGCACUGAAGAAAGCGGACGUUGGCUUUGCGAUGGGCAUUGCUGGAACUGAUGUGGCUAAAGAAGCAUCUGAUAUUAUUCUCACAGAUGACAACUUUACAAGCAUUGUUAAAGCAGUUAUGUGGGGACGAAAUGUCUAUGACAGCAUCUCAAAAUUCCUUCAGUUCCAGCUUACUGUUAAUGUAGUAGCAGUGAUUGUUGCUUUCACGGGCGCUUGUAUUACUCAAGACUCGCCCCUGAAGGCGGUGCAGAUGCUGUGGGUGAACCUCAUCAUGGACACGCUGGCUUCCCUGGCUCUGGCUACGGAACCACCCACUGAGUCGCUCCUGCUUCGGAAGCCGUACGGCAGAAACAAGCCUCUCAUCUCUCGCACGAUGAUGAAGAACAUCUUGGGCCAUGCCUUCUAUCAGCUCGUAGUGGUCUUCACACUCUUGUUUGCUGGAGAGAAGUUUUUCGAUAUCGAUAGUGGAAGGAACGCCCCUCUGCACGCUCCCCCGUCAGAACACUACACCAUUGUCUUCAAUACCUUUGUACUGAUGCAGCUCUUCAAUGAAAUAAACGCCCGGAAAAUUCAUGGGGAAAGAAACGUGUUUGAAGGAAUCUUCAAUAACGCCAUCUUCUGCACAAUUGUCUUGGGCACCUUUGUAGUGCAGAUAAUAAUUGUGCAGUUUGGCGGGAAGCCUUUCAGCUGCUCAGAACUUUCAAUAGAACAAUGGCUGUGGUCAAUAUUCCUGGGAAUGGGAACCUUACUCUGGGGCCAGCUUAUUUCAACCAUUCCAACCAGCCGCUUAAAGUUUCUAAAAGAAGCUGGUCAUGGGACGCAGAAGGAGGAGAUACCUGAGGAGGAAUUAGCAGAGGAUGUUGAAGAGAUUGACCAUGCCGAAAGGGAGUUGCGGCGUGGCCAGAUCUUAUGGUUUAGAGGCCUGAACAGAAUCCAAACACAGAUCCGAGUGGUGAAUGCAUUUCGUAGUUCUCUAUACGAAGGUUUAGAGAAGCCAGAAUCAAGAAGUUCAAUCCACAACUUUAUGACACACCCUGAGUUUAGGAUAGAAGAUUCAGAGCCGCACAUCCCCCUUAUCGAUGAUACUGAUGCUGAAGAUGAUGCUCCUACAAAGCGCAACUCCAGUCCUCCGCCCUCUCCUAACAAAAACAACAAUGCUGUUGACAGCGGGAUUCACCUUACAAUAGAAAUGAACAAGUCCGCUACCUCUUCAUCCCCAGGAAGCCCACUACACAGCUUGGAAACGUCACUCUGAUUGUAAGCUGAAUGUUAACACACUAGCCGCAUCGUAAAAGAAACAAAUCGAAACUGAGUCUUUUCACAUAUUGUGACGGACAAGAUAGUAUUCUUGUCUCCGGACUUCAACAGAAGACACACUUGUACGAAUGUAGAUUUAUUUUUUUAAAAAAAAAAAAAAGCAAAGCUUUCUGCCAGACUGAGGGUGCUUUUUUGGGGUGUGGGAGAAAUGAACUGACAGAUAAACAACGGUGGCUCUGGCAUGAGCGGCCUGUGGGUCGUCAGUGGUACCUAAUGCUGUCCCGACCGACCGCAUUCCAGCAGAGCUGUGGUUUAUCUCAGUACUUGAUGGGAGGGAGGAAGGAGGAGUGAUGCUGGAUGAGACAGAGAGCCCUGGAUCAUUGAGUGAAUACUUUAAUUUCUGCUGUUGGCUGUUAAUAAUUUGGAUUAUUUAUGUUUAUAAAUGAUACAGAUCUGUUUACAAGGUUUGUAGAUACUUUUUUUGUUCUUCAUAGAUGGGAAGCUUCCUUAUAACUAAUGCAGAGAAAAAUUAGUCCUUCAAAUACUGCUGUAUUUUCAGGAAAAAAAGGGGGGGGUGUUUCUAUUGAAACUGUACUAAAUUUUUGCCUACAAUUUAUCUUGUUAAAUAUGUAGAUAAAUUGCUAAUACUAAUAGCCAAAUAGAUAACACUAAUGCUUUGUUUAAAAAACAAAAAAGAAAAAAGAAAACAAGACAAAAAAAAAAAAAACAAAACCAUGAGCAGUGGUGUUCUAAUGAAGUUAUGGCAUCUGUCCUAAUUAGUUUCUUAAAUACAUUUACUACUUAAUGGUUUUGAAAGAACUGUUUAAUUUUUAAAUUUUUUGAAAACUUGCUAAUAACCUUUUGUUCAGAAUUUAGUAGAUUGUUUAUUGCAGGACAUCAAAUACACAAUGAAAGAUGCUUGAAAUGCCUUUCUUAUUUCAGGCCAAUCAAAUUAAACUAUCAAAGUACAAGAGAACCUUUAGUCUUUUUUGUUUUUGUCUGAAUAUGUUAGUUCAGUGAUGUCUUAGUGAACUGUGAGUGACUGUAUUGAUUUUUCUAACAACUCCGUAGAGCCCUUCACCCAGCGGAGGAGGGCUGUUGACAUUUUGAGAAAGGUUAAUAGGUAGAGGCAUACAUGUUUCCCUUUUGUUUUUGAAACUUGUUUGUAAACAUAAAUAAAUAUGCCCUUUUAUUAAGUAAAUACAUGGCAGUGGUUCUUCAGACAGCUCAGCUCCUUGAUUCUGUAUGUGGGCCGCAUCGGCCCGUCCCCUCUAACCACGACUAGAAUAAAUUUCAAGCUGGUGAUAGCCCCAGGAAGGGCUGUUUGAAUUCUUUCGUGGUCACUCCAUAGAGUCGGGCUGAGACAGCAGUUUUGCCACCUAGCAUACCCUUCGUAGAACCUAGUUUUAUCUAAAGUAAAAUAGUCUCACCAUUCUAUAUGAAGUAAUGACCACCUUUGUCUAUUUGUUUUUGUUAAGUGGCCCAGUAACAGAUUAGAUUAAAGGGAUAGCACAUGAAAAUAUGAGGAAGUUUCUAAACGUGAUCUAUGGAGAUGUAAUAACCAACUCUACGCUGAAAUGCACAUCUCUGAGACAAUUGAAUUUCCGGGCUCUCUGCUUCUUUUCUGUGUACCUUCUUCCUUUGUUUGUCUCUUGUCUUGACCCUUUAGAAAGUGGCAUUGUUUCAGGGCGCAGAUCUCGCCAGAUAAACAGUCCUCAGGCUGACAUAAAGCUUACGAGGACUACUGCAUCUGAGAAUGCUGACCUAGCAAAGAAACAUCUAGUUGAUGGUGCUUGAUAUAUAUAUAUAUUAUUUUUUUUUGGACGGGUGGGAGGAAUCUUUCUCUCCAUCAGUUGCCUGCAGUAACUCUCUGCAAGUCUUAGAAACACAUCGGCUCUGUCACAUCGAUCACUGUACAUUUUUACUCAUCGGGUAUUUGUAGUUAUUCAUACUGUACAAAGAGGUAGCAUGAGAUGCUGGGAAGCAUAUUUAGACCAGGAGCCCACGCUGGGCUCCUUGUCUUGAAUUUGCCAUUAAUGUGCUGCAUGAUUUUGGGGAAUGACUCACCCUGAAGGAGGGUGCGGGGCUAGACUCCUCUUGAAGAACCCUUUCAACUCUAAAAAUUGACCCUAUCCACUGAAGAAGCCUGUGAGGCAUAGGGAAUAGGGAAAAGGGAAAUGUCCUCGGCUUUCUUUUUUAUUUUGGUUAUGCUUAGAUAUGAAUGUAAUUACCAAGAGAUUUACACGUGCAUGUGCUUCGGAGGAUUUGUGUCCAGCCUUUCCGGUCUUCAUUUUUUUUCAAAACUCAAGGCAAUGGCUUUUCACUCCACCUCUAAAUCCAUAAACGGGUCUCAGGACGUCUGUGAAGUAAAGCAAGACACGCUCGUUGUGCGUUUCUCUCGUUGAGACACUGUAAUUUCUACCAGAAAUUUCCAGAGCAUUAUGUAAGUAGGAAAAAUUACAAGCAAGCUAUUAAAGAUCUUGGAUCCCAUUAUAUAGUGUGUAUAGCUAAAUCAACAUCUGUAAUUCACAUUUUCUCUUUUAUUCUCUAACCAAAAUCAGAAAAAAAAAAACAAAAACUUGUUUAAUUUUGCAUCCCAAAUGUUUUUAAUCUUUGUAUAUUUUUUAGAAUCCCUUUUCUCCUCAUCAUUGCCUUUCCGUGGUUGUAAAUACUUGUCGCACUCUGAGGAUGAGUUACUUCUUGUCAUCUUAAAUAUGUGAUAUGGUAAUUUUCAUAACAGAUUAUCAGUUUUGAACCAAGAAAUGGUGAUUUGUUUAUAAGAGGAAAAAAAAAACCUGGCUUCAUUUCUGUGAAAUUGCUCUUUGAAACUUUGAUUUCCACAUGUAAGCCAACUGAGAUACUACCGUGAUGGUGUUGAUUUCUUUUAAUGAUGCUUACCAUCUCUUUUAGCCACUGAGCCUUCUUUUAUUAUUUGUCUAUUUGUAAAGUUUAUUUGUCUUAACUCAUUUAAUAAAUAUACUGUUUAUCUGUUUCUGAA